GUCAACAAGGCUCUCACAAGUUCUGAAGGGGUAUGCGUGAGUAGCCUGGACCUCUCAUCUGCGAAAGCCGCCUGGUUCGCCUGCUGGAGCAUCCGCUGCCGCUUAACGAUCCGUCAAAGGCCUCGCUACAAGCACCGCGGCUAGGUUUUGCCGCUGUGAGAUCGUGGCAUGGCGGGAAAGGCUGCGGCUCCCCAGGGCCUGCCAGAUGGCAUCGACAAAGACGAGAUCUACGAGAUGGCAGCCCAACAAAUGGAGUACCGAGUGGGCCUCUUCAACUCCAUGGUGGCAACGUGCUUUGACAAGUGCUACGAGAAGAAGUACAAGGAGUCAGAAUUGAACCUUGGAGAGACUAGCUGUGUUGACCGAUGCGUUUCCAAAUACUGGCAGGUUCGGGGGAUUAUCGGUCAAUACCUUGGCGUUUCUGGUAGCGGGAUGUAGUGCCUUUAGGGGUGUGUGUGCUAAAUGUAUUGCUUUCUAGUAUGAAGUGGUAGCUUCUCUAUUUCGUGUAAAGAAACUCUUACCUACGCGUACAGAUGGAAAGGCUGUCAUGACGUGUAUCGAGUCGUCUCUAAUCGCGCUGCCUGCCCUGUCCGGAACGUUUACUUCUCCCUCCGUCCUGUACUCGCCUGCCCACGCGGCGCUGCCGCAAAUCUCAAGGCUUGUCUGUCUGUGCCCCAGUCGCACUGCCGUUUUUCCCCCAUCACUCCCGCUGCCUCCGUCCGUUCCCUUCCAUCACCCACCCCUCCCACCACGCUCCCUCCCACCCAACUUGGGUGUGUUUCAUCCACCCAAGCUCCGCUCCGUCCAUCACAGCGCAGCGUCGUGACUGCCGCCUGCUUUCCGGCCGUAACCGCAAUCCAGCUUGGUUCGGCUGUUCCCCCUGAACCGCUGUUUAUCGACUUUAAAGCCGGCAAAGGCAUCAAAGAGAGGCUGUCGGGAUUUUUUACGGGAGCUAACGGGCAGAGAUGUCUUCUGUCCAGUGCAGUAACGCUGCGAACAACUACUAGUUGUUUAGCGACACGUGGCAUCAUACACAGCACGUGCCCCCCUUCGUUUUGUCGUCGUCGUCCGGCGAGGGCCGACUCCUCUUCAUUCUGACAGGGAUAUCCACCCCCGCCCGUACACGGCGCCUGCCAGUCAAGCUGAAGCCCCAUUAGUCGCGCAACGAGCACCGAGCACGAAAGUUCUCAUAUGGCACAGCCGAUUAGCAACCAGGAGCAGCAGCAGCAGCAGCAGCAGCAACAGGCAUCGCAAGACGAGGGCGGUGCGCCGCAGCUGAUCUCCGCGCUCCCCGUGUCCCCUCCGCCGCUGGUGACCGGCCCCAGUAGCGCGCUCGUGCGCCUGCUCUUCGCGGACCUGUCGGGGCAGCGCCGCGUGCGGGUCGUUCCCUGGGACCGCUUCCACACACUGACGUGUCAGCAGGGGAUAGGCUUGGCGCGCUGCAUCUACGCCUUCGCAUCGUUUGUGGAUGGGCCCGCCCCCGGGUGUGGCCUGACCGCCGCGGGGGAGGUGCGGCUCAUGCCUGACGUCAGCACGCUGCGCACGUUGCCCUGGUGUCCCAAUCAGAUGCUCGCAUUGGUGGACGCACACGUGGCGCCAGGUCAGCCAUUUGCCGUGUGUCCUCGCAGCACGCUGAGGAGAGUGGCAGCAUCUCUCAAGGACAGGUUCGGACUGGUGCUGAGAGCGGGGUUUGAAAGCGAGUUCACUCUCCUCCAGUCCACCACCCCAUCCCUUGCGCCCGUAGACCGCACGCUAUACUGUGCCUCGGCGGCGUUUGACGAGCAGGCGGAACUGAUGGGGGCCAUGGUGGCAGCGCUGCAUGGCAUGGGGAUACCCGUGGAGCAGCUUCAUCCGGAAUCUGGUGGCGGGCAGUUUGAGAUAGCUGUGGGGCAUGCAGCUGACGUGGCAGCCGCUGAUAGGAUCCUGCUGGUGCGGGAGGCGAUCUCGGGGGUGGUCAGGCAAGCAGCAGCAUCAGGUGGAGGCAGUGCCGGGAUGGAGGGAGCCAGCAGCAAGCGGAGCACUGUGCCCACUCAUGUCACUUUCCUUCCCCAGGUCUUCCCUCGUGAUGCAGCCAAUGGCAGCCACGUGCACGUCAGCAUAUGGCGGGAGGUCGCUGAUGCUGAUGCUGAUGCUGAUGCUGCUGUCACACAGCCAUCAGCAGCAUCCGCAGAAGCAGAAGGGGGACCCUCCUCCGCUCCACGUGUCGUGCUGUCAGAGGGCGGGCGCAGCUUUGUGAAUGCCUUUGCAGCAGGCGGCGGAUGUGGCUCUGCCAGUGAGGCUGGUGGUGGUGCUGGUGAGCCCAGCGAGCAGCACGGCAUGUCCGUGGAAGGGCAGCAGUUCAUGGCAGGGGUCAUGCAGCACCUGCCGUCCAUCAUGGCCGUCUCGUGCCCGCUGCCCAACAGCUAUGAGCGCCUGGGGCCCAACAAGUGGACGGGCGCCUUCCACUGUUGGGGGCAUGAGAACCGCGAGGCUGCUGUCAGGCUUGCUGCUCCCCCCACUGCUGCUGCUGCUGCUGCUGCUGCUGGCGGCCCAUCUGCUGGCGAUGUGCCGCCUGCCUUCCAAGUGACCAACUUCGAGGUGAAGGCGUGUGACGCGUGCGCGCAGCCGCACCUGGUGCUGGCGGCCAUCAUCGCUGCUGGCAUGGACGGGCUGGCGCGCAAACUGCAGCUGCCGGAACCCAUUGACGUGAACCCGGCGGAUCUUCCUCCCGAUGCGGCCCCCGCUCGUCUGCCGUCGUGCCUGGACGAGUCUCUGGCGGCCUUUGAGGCGGAUUCUGUGAUGAGGGACGUGCUGGGGGACGUCAUGGUCCAGGCGAUUGUGGCCGUGCGCAAGGCUGAGAUUCAACAUUACACUGGAAGAGCGUCCAUGGUUAGUCAGCUCAUAACCAAGUACUGAGUUGAUGUAAUUAUUGUGUUGGUUCGAAGUUGUAGGUACCGAAAAUGCUAAAUAGUUCCUCUGAAGGUGACUUCAUUGGUACAUUUUGUAUAGUUUUCCCCAAAGGAGCGCGGAUGAUUUUUAAAAUGCCAUAGUGGGAUGUUAUGUUAACCAAUCUACUUUAGAAUCAUUAACAAUAAUUAGCACAAUAAGAU